CCCGGGGCUGUUGCCUGUUUUCCCGGCAUCCUUCGGGCUUCGGCCUCUGGGCCUGGACGGGCCGGGGCGUGUCCAUCCGUCGAGGCCAUUUCCAUCCCUCCCUUCUCCCUCCUUCCUCCUCCCUCUUCCCUCCUCCCCUUCCUCCUCCUCCUCCGGAUCCCGGGUGGAGCCGGUUUUCCGGGUUCCCCCGAGCCGGACUCCUGCCUCCCUCCCUCCCUCCAAGGCACUUCCCACCGAAAUCCCACCCGACCGUCGAGGGGUUGGGGGGGAGAAGAAGACGGAGGGAAAAGAGGAAAAAAAAGGAACUUUAUUAUUAUUUUAUUAUUAUUGCGUCCGGGGAAGGAAAAGUCCUGCCAACCGGAGACUGGGCCAACGGGAAGCGUCAAGGGGGGGGGGGGUCCCCACCGACACCCCAUUAAUCCCCCGACUGGAUGCACAACGUUUUUCGGAGGAAAAGCCGGUGGUGGCCGGUGGGGCCUGAGAGGACCGAGAGAGAAGAAAGUUACAAGAAGAUCGAAUCCUCCCACCUUCUGCUAAAUGUGAGGCCCAAGAUCGCGAGCUAACGCUGGGGCCCGGCUGGUGAACAGAGCCACGGGUGACGUGAUCGGGAUGUUGGGAAUUCAGCACAGAAGCUUCAGAGACACAGCCCAGUGUGCCUGAAGAUGACGACAAAGCGGAACCUGUUUGUGCGCCUGGUGCCGUGUCGUUGUCUGCGCGGGGAAGAGGAAACGGUCACCACUCUAGAUUACUCCCACUGCAGCCUGGAGCAGGUGCCCAAGGAGAUUUUCACUUUUGAAAAGACUUUAGAAGAACUCUACCUGGACGCGAAUCAGAUCGAAGAGCUCCCCAAGCAACUUUUCAACUGUCAGUCUCUGCACAAACUGAGUCUGCCGGACAACGACUUAACAACGUUGCCAGCAUCCAUCGCGAAUCUCAUUAAUCUCAGGGAACUGGAUGUCAGCAAGAAUGGGAUACAGGAGUUUCCGGAAAACAUCAAGAACUGUAAAGUUUUGACGAUUGUGGAGGCCAGCGUCAACCCCAUCUCCAAGCUUCCCGAUGGAUUUUCCCAGCUGUUGAACCUAACCCAGCUCUACCUAAAUGAUGCAUUUCUCGAGUUCUUGCCAGCUAAUUUUGGCAGAUUAACUAAACUCCAGAUAUUGGAACUUAGAGAGAACCAGUUAAAAAUGUUACCAAAAACAAUGAACAGACUGACUCAGCUGGAGAGACUGGAUUUGGGAAGUAAUGAGUUCUCAGAAGUGCCUGAAGUACUUGAACAACUGAGUGGGCUCAAAGAAUUUUGGAUGGAUGGCAAUAGACUGUCUUUUAUCCCUGGGUUCCUCGGGAAUUUGAAACAGCUGACGUACCUGGAUUUUUCCAAGAACAGCAUCGAAAUGGUUGAAGAAGGCGUUUCCGGCUGCGAAAGUCUGCAGGAUUUGCUGCUUUCUAGCAACUCGCUUCAGCAACUGCCGGAGUCCAUCGGGUCAUUAAAGAAAUUGACAACACUAAAAAUUGACGAAAACCAGUUAAUGUAUCUACCGGACUCCAUAGGGGGGCUGAUCUCCCUCGAAGAACUGGACUGUAGCUUCAAUGAAGUCGAAGCUUUGCCUCCGUCCGUUGGGCAGCUGACCAACGUUAGAACCUUCGCCGCCGACCACAAUUUUUUACAGCAGUUGCCGCCGGAGAUUGGAAGCUGGAAGAACGUAACCGUGUUGUUUCUCCAUUCGAAUAAACUCGAGACUCUUCCUGAGGAAAUGGGCGAUAUGCAGAAAUUAAAAGUCAUCAAUCUAAGCGACAAUAGGCUGAAGAAUUUGCCCUUUAGUUUUACAAGGCUUCAGCAGCUGACUGCCAUGUGGCUCUCCGACAAUCAGUCCAAAGCACUGAUCCCGCUUCAGAAGGAGACUGAUCCGGAAACCCAGAAGACCGUGCUCACCAACUACAUGUUCCCCCAGCAGCCGAGGACCGAGGAGGUUAUGUUCAUAUCAGAUAAUGAAAGCUUUAACCCUUCCCUGUGGGAGGAACAAAGGAAGCAGCGGGCUCAAGUGGCGUUUGAGUGUGACGAGGACAAAGACGAAAGAGAGGCGCCUCCCAGGGAGGGAAACUUAAAGAGAUAUCCAACCCCCUACCCGGACGAACUGAAGAACAUGGUGAAAACAGUUCAGACGAUCGUCCACAGAUUAAAAGAAGAAACAGCGGAAGACUCCGGGAAAGAGUCAAAAGCACCAGAGGACCAGCAAGUCGUAGUAAAAGAGGCGGGUGUAAAGACUUCAGAGGGGAUUCCAGUCAAAGGACAAGCGGAAGACAGGGAACAGUACUCGAUGGGAAACUGUGUGCAGAAGGCCAGUGAAGCAGAAGCCGAAAUGAGCCCGGAAAACUCGGAGACCGACGCCAACGCCGUAGCCCCCGGAAGCCCCAAGACGAGCACCAGUCAAGAAGGCACGAUGGAGGGAUCCGAAGAACUUUCUUCUGAUGAAGAAAUGAAAAUGGCCGAGAUGCGGCCGCCGCUAAUAGAGACCUCCAUGAACCAGCCAAAAGUCGUGGCCCUCGGCGGGAAUAAGAAAGAUGAAAGUCCGGACGCGGAUUCGUUCUCAGAUGAGGCCACCCAGAAUAGCAAUCAGAACAACAGCAACUGUUCCUCUCCCUCUCGGAUGUCGGACUCGGUCUCCCUCAACACCGACAGCAGCCACGACGCUUCGCUGCGCUCUCCGGUGAAGGGGAGAGCUCCCGGCGCUGUCAUUUCCCAAAUCAGGCAAGAAGAUGAAAAUUUCAAUAGCCUCUUCCAGAACGGAAGUGACGUCGAUAGCUCGACCGAAGAGAGGUUCCACACGCGAGAGAGAAAACCGAUCGACCUGACGGAAUUGGACUUGAACAUCGAGGAGAGACGGGCUCUCGCCGAGGAAGGGGUCGAUCCGAAGACCCCCUCGGGGGAAUCCCGCCUGUUGGACCAGAUCAACAUGAACGUGCAGACGUUCGACAACGACCAGGCGGUGGAAAGGGCAAAGGCGGUCCAGGGCGUCGGAGGCGGAAGGGGGUUUUUAAACAGCAACGCUAGAGGGGAGACCGCCCCCGUGGAAAACGGCGAUCCGUACCCCGACCCGCCUUCCGGGAGCGAGGCGAACGGGCUUCCCGAGGAGCCGGCCCGCCCGGCGAGGAGGGCCGACCCCCGGCGGGGCCCGGCCCUCGCCCCCGAGCCCUCCGCGGACCCGGCCGUUUCCAAGAGCAGCGAGGACCUGUCCCCGCCGCGCCGCGGGCCCGCCGGCCCGGUCGUCAAGUCGCACAGCGUGACCGACAUGGAGACGGGAGCCCUGAGGAUCUACGACAUCCUCGGGGACCCCGGCGGGCCCCAGCAGCCCGGCUCGGCCCCCAGGGCGGCGGCGGCGGCGGCGGCCAGCGGGACCGAGGGCAAGAACAUCGUGCGGAGCAAAUCGGCCACGCUUCUGUACGACCGGCCCCUGCAGGUGUUUCCGGGCUCCUCCUCCUCCUCCUCCUCCGACCUGGCGUCCUGCGCCAAAGCGGUGUUCAGGUUCGAUUCGAAUCACAACCCCGAAGAGGCGCCGGGGCGAGGGUCUACGGCCCCCCCCCAGUACAACGUCCAGUACAGCAGCAGCCACGCCCCGGGCAAGGACGCCCUGUGGCCCCCCAAGCCGAAUCCCCAGACGGAGCCGGCCGGCCUGCCGCCUCCGCGCCUCCCGCGGCCCGACGGCCCCGACGGCCCCGGCUACGCCAAGCUCGUCGCCCACCUGAACUUCUCCAACCACAACAACGUGCGGGCUGGCGCCGGCUACGGGGUGCACCAGCGGUCGGGGCCGCCCCGGCACGGGGAGCCGUGGGCGGUGCCCGCGGGCGACAGGCUGGUGCCCAGGGCCCCCCGGGGCGCCCUGCAGAGGCAGGGCAGCGUGUCCUCCACCGCGUCCGGGAACCCGGGGGAGCCGGACCCCGCCCGGCGGGCCCCCAUUCCCGAAGGGGAGUACCUGACCUACCGGGAGGCGCACCCCGUGGGGCGGGCCCCGCCGCCCGUCAUGCCGGCCGGCCCGCGACCCCUCUCGGCCCGGACCUACAGCGUGGACGGGCCUGGCGCGCCCAGGCCGCAGAGCGCCCGGCCCUCCGUCGGCGAGAUCCCGGAGAGAACUAUGUCGGUCAGCGACUUCGGCUACUCGCGGAGUAGCCCCUCCAAGAGGCCUAACGCCCGGGUGGGCUCGGAGCAUUCUCUCCUAGACCCUCCAGGGAAGAGCAGAGUCCCCCACGACUGGCGGGAGCAGGUGCUGCGCCACAUCGAGGCCAAGAAAUUAGAGAAGAGCAUGCGGUCUCGGUCCUUUAAUUGCAAUGACGCUGUAGUAAGCGGCAGCGUCCCCUCUUGCAGCGCUAGGCCUCUGCAUCGCAGCCAGGGCAGCGUUGCCUUGAGUGGUGCAGACGGAAGAAGCUCUGGUGGGCCCAUUUUCCGUCAUCCCCAGGCGCCCGGCCCGGGCGAUCCAUCGGCCCUGGAAGACGUCUUCAUUUCGGGACAUCAGAGCUUCUCGUCCGCUGCCCUGAGUCUCAAAGAGAUUCCCGCAGACGCCCUGAAGAAAAUGCCUUUAUCGAAUGGGCAGAUGUGCCAGCCCGCGAGGCCUCCGUCAAAUUACAGCUUAGCCCAUCACCCUGCGCCUCCGGCCCCCGUGGCCAGGCACCCGUCUCGAGAGCAGCUGAUCGACUACUUGAUGCUGAAAGUGGCCCACCAGCCCCCGUACGCGCAGCCCCCGUGCUCCCCGAGGCCGGGCCACGAAGUGGCAAGGCAAGAGGUUCGAGUGCGAGUCGAGAAGGAUCCAGAGCUUGGAUUCAGUAUAUCGGGAGGCGUCGGAGGGAGAGGAAACCCGUUCAGACCCGACGACGACGGAAUCUUUGUGACCAGGGUGCAGCCGGAAGGACCAGCCUCGAAGCUCCUGCAGCCGGGGGAUAAAAUCAUCCAGGCCAACGGCUACAGCUUCAUCAACCUGGACCACGGGCAAGCAGUGUCCUUGCUAAAAACCUUCCAGAACACAGUGGAGCUCACCGUUGUCAGAGAGAUUCCCUCCUAAGUGCCCACGGGCGAGGAGAGCAGCCAGCCAGCCAGCCGUCCGGCACGCCGCGCACGGGAAACUGAACGUUCGAAUUAUUUUUCUAUCUGCAAAGGAGCGGGAGAAAACCACGCUCGGAAUCUGUACAGCCGCGAAAUCCGGAACUCGUGACCGGAGGGAACGAACCACUGCGGUGAACACGCGGGGGGUCCACCACCUCCCCGGGUCCUGGACAACUCCACCCUGCCGGGC